AUGUCUCAAAUUGCAUGCUUUUCAAAGGAUGGUCUGACUUUUGCCUAUCAGGCUGACAGGUCUAAGAAGAAUACUAUAGAUCUGUACCCAUUGGAUCCAGAAAACAACUACAUGAUCAACAGUUCUCUUGUGAACAAUAUCGACUGUGAGUCCAACGACCUAAAGAUAAGUGAGCUGAACUUUUAUGGAUGGUGCUACAACGAAAUAGCUAAUGGUUCGACAAAAACGAAGAGGAGGAAUAGUGAUGAUGCUGGGGUUAUUUCUACUACCUCACAUGAGAACUAUUUUGUCAAUGUAUAUGGUACUUCUAAGAUAGUGGUUUACACACAAACAGGUAAGGACAUUGUAAAUAUACUCAAAAGCAAAGACAGUAUAAUCGGCAUGGCUACUGAUGGUCCAUUUAUUUGGGUCCUUGAUGAAAAUAUGGUAGCAAAGAAAUUUCAUUACAACCAAAGCAAACAGCAGAAAUCAUUCACGUUCAGCGAAGGUAGAGAUUCCAAUGUCAAGAACUUCGAGGUCCUGUAUCGGGAUGAAAAAACAUUUUACAUAGUGAUAUUCACCGAAGAUAAGGUUUACCUAAUUGACCCAAGCAAGAGAAGAGCUGUUACCAAACUGGUGUUAGAAAUAGGCUACUAUAGCCAUGCAGAAUUUCUAAACAAUGGUGAAUAUCUUGUCUUGAGUAACUCAGAAAAUCUUCUAGUUGUUGAUUUUGAAUCAGGCAAGGAAGUCUUUAGGUGGGAAACAGAAGCUGCCUUUAAAUUUAAAGUUAUUAAGGACUUUGUUUUCGUGUUGACAGGUAAUGAUAAUAGUAUAGACGUGUUCAAAUUUGGAGAGAAACAACCUACACGCAAGAUAGUUGCAAGUUCCUCUACAAUUAUAGACUUUGAGCAUACUUCAGGGGAUAACUUACUGGUUGCUUGGCUAAAUGUAAACGAACCUAAUUUUAAGAAACUUUCACUUGGCGACAUCAACUCUGCAGGCUCCAUAAUCGAUGUCAAUACUUCUCAACACGAUGGUACUGAUUUGUCUGAAGAUAAUAUCAGCGUCGCAGGUAAUGAAGACAGUUCUGAAAAGGAAAUAACUCAAAGACAGAAAAUAACAAAAGCAGGUCAGGAUAAGAUCAGUCAAGAACUACUAACUGCACUAAUUGAAGGUGAGGAUAAAGAAAUUAUUGAAAUUCUAAACCUACCAACCUGGUCAAGUGAUCGUAUAUCCAACUUCUUGAACAACAAAAUUGAAGAAAAUGACCAAGCGGUGAGAUUAUAUCAAUUAGUAGCAGAUGAGAUAGAAAAGGAUCCAUGGUCUGACAACGCAACGCUUCCUGUAUGGCUAAAAUGGAUUUUAUUGAUCAAAGGCAAGGAUAUGAACAUUUCCAAUGAUAAGAAGACAAGAAAGCAAACAAGACACUUAAAGUCAGCAUUAAGAACUUCAUCCACCACAUUGCCAAUAUUAUUAGGUAUACAAGGUAGAUUGGAGAUGUUGAAGACACAAGCUAAGUUAAGGAAGGAAUUGGCGGGGAUUCAAUUAGAACAAGACGAUUCGACAACAACAGAAAACAACAUUACUUAUGCAGAUGGUGAAAGUGAUAGCUUUGUUGACGCAGCAGAAUAUGUGGAGGCUAAACAAUAA